CGACCCGCUGCGCUUUGUGUGCGCACAAGCGGGAGUGACUCGGCGACAAGGCGUGAGCUCAGAGCGGGCUGCAAGUAAGGGGAAGGCGGCGGCGGCGGCAGCACCACUAUGAGCGGGGUCGGGGCGGCGGCCAGCGUCGCUGCCGCUUCUCUUCUGGUCGGGAAAAGCGAGAAACUGGACGAGGCUCAAGCGCUGGCCCGCAGCUGCGCUGGAAGACCCGACUUUCAGCCUUGCGAUGGGCUGUCGCUGUGCGCCACACACAGUCACGGCCGCUGCUUCCGUCUGCACUGGUGCUGCCAUCUGGGCUGGUGCCAUUGUAAAUAUGUUUAUCAGCCUAUGACUCCAGUAGAACAACUUCCAAGUACUGAAAUACCUAUUCGGCCUCGAGGAACCAUAAACACUAUUCAGAUAGCUGUCUCCCUCACAGAACACUUUUUGAAGUUUGCACCUGUCUUCCAAGCCCCAUUACCACCAGACUCCCCACGGUUUUGCACAAUUUCAGACCUCUUUAUUGACAAUUACCGUGUGAAAUGCAUCAAUGGGAAGAUGUGUUAUGUGCAGAGGCAACCUCCUGCUCUCUCCUAUAAGUUGAAGCCCCAGGAGGUCCCCACACGCAAUGCCUUAAUUUUGAGAGAGAAUAACACACCAAAAAUAGAUCAUUGCUCAUCCCCUUCCAGUUCUGAGGAUUCUGGGAUCAAUGCUGUUGGGGCUCAUUAUGUAGAGUCAUGUGACGAAGACACAGAAGAAGGAGCAGAGCUAAGUUCAGAAGAGGAUUAUAGUCCAGACAGUAGCUGGGAGCCAGAUGAGUGUCCCCUUCUAUCACCUUCACAGUGUGAACUAGAAGUAAUUGAAACCAUAGAAACCACAGUGUGAAAUUUGGAGCUGGGAGCUAGUUAGGCAUAUUAAAAUAACACUGGUUUUCUAACAUUUAUACUGGCAUUUUUGACAGGUCCUUUUUUGCAGUGUACUUGAUAUCCCUCAAGGAACACAGUGACAAUAUUUAGCCAUCUGUGAAUUAAUUCCUUGAUACUCAUUCUAUCAAUGAAUGUCCAGGAACCUUGCUGUAUAGCUCAAAAGAUACCAGAAUUGACAUCUUUAGUUACAGACUAAACCUCAUCAUCAUGAACAACAGCUAAAUUGCAAUGGCCAGAUUAUCUUGUAAAUGAAUGAUUUUCAGACUUUGGUCUCUAGUUACUUUAGCAAAACCUGGAUCCCAGCAUGAUACAAACACACACUUUUCCCCAAGAAGGACAUUUGUGUGUUUACAGGCAUUCUCUUAUUAUGAAUCAGUUCAAUUUUAUUAUGGUCAUAGACUGCAUAACUGUUACUAUAUUAUGUAUGGUAGUCUAGAAAUUAAGAGUAUCAGUGGCUUACACCACGUCCUACAAUCUUUUCAGGUAACCUGUGGUCUAUACAUACCACUGAUUAAGAACCCUCUUUGAAAGUCAGUAUCUACUCUAAAAAUAAGCAAUUGGUUGGGGAUUUCUCAUUUGGAAUAAGGAUUUAGCCUUUUGUGCAUUUGCUGAGUAUCAAUAGGAGGUUAGCCAUACCUUUGAUGAGCAGAGCUAAAUCCAUAAGCAAAUAUUCUUUAUCUAUGUGUAUUAUUUUAUGUAGGAGACAAGAAGCCAUGGCUCUCCCCACUAGCUCAGAUGUUAGGUAUAUCUUUCAAAAUGACCUGUAUACACUAACCUCUUUUGCCAGCUACAGAGUAACUCAGGAGAUUGCCAGCAUAAGCACAAUACUCAGCCAAUAUAACUGAAACUGUUUCUAUAAUAAGAACAUGUCAGAGAGGCUUGAAUUAAAAUCCUUCAAGGGAUACAUUAUUACACUGCCAACUGACCGUUAUAUAUCAUUCCACUGAUAUAUAAUCUGACUUUAAAUAUUUAAAUUAUUUUCUGUAUUAAAACAGAGAACAAGCUGGAUUUUAUCAUAGAAACAAAGCAUAUACGAAAGAGCUACUCAUCUGCAAUAGGUUAUACAGAGAUUGCAAUUUCAGUGUAUAUUCUCAUAAUGAAAAUUAGGAUUAUUUUUUAGAUCAGCCAAAUAUAGCCUGGCUUGGUAUUUACCCAUCGUAAGACAACAAAAACAAAAAACAAAAUAGGAAAGGGAAAGGGGGGGUGGGAGGUUAAGCCUUCUGCUCCCAGCAAAGGGCAGCCAUAAACUUGUGAAGUUUAGGAAAAUCAGGAAAACUAAUCAGGAUAUGUUGCAGUAUCUGUUUUAGAGAGAUUAACACAGCCUUUUUUGCUAUGGAUAUAUUCAAUCAAUGCACUUCCAAGCUAAGAACAAUUGGUAUAUGGUAAAUGGUAAAUGGUAUAUGAACUGACUUAAGAAAGUAUUUCAGUAUAGACCUAGGGCAAUACAAUUUAAUAGUUCCAUUUAUUAAUCUGUACAUUUGAUGACUCGGGAUUUACAUUUAGUACUGGGUCUAUUCUAUUAUCUGUUUAAAAAUUAUCCACUUGUGCACAGUAGGUUUGAGUGUAGCUAAAUGAAAAGAAGGUGUCAUGGUAGUUUUAGCCUCUGACAUACAGUAUUUUGAUUUAAAGAAACAAUCUGAAAAAAAAGCAGCUGAUUAUUUUCUUCUAGCUUUGCUUAAUCAUUGUUUAUGUUAUUCAGUAUAAAAUAGUGAAAAGUGUAUAGUGGAAAGAGAUCUUUAUAUCCCUGAUGUAUUUGUGCCUCCAUUUUAAGUUUACACAAUAUGGUUAUCCUAUCAGAAGAGCCCUGCUAAUCAGUUUAAGGAUUAUGGCCCUUUGAGCUGUAAAUGUGCAUUUCCCCCCCAAUAUUUUAAAGUAAGAAUUUCAAAUACACUUAAAUAGUCAUGUACCAGUGGAUGAAAAUGUUUUACCUCCUAACAUUUUUGCAUUCGCCUUUGUGAUACAUAACUGAUUUUUUUUCCUAUAACACCAGGGCAUCUAUUAAUAAAUACAGCCCUGUUUUAUAAUGGUUUAAUUAACUCAAUUUCCAUUAAGUUUAGCUAAGAAUGGUAACAUAUAAAUAUGUACAGUUGUAACUCUCAGUAUUAGAUUAUCUUAUGCUGUGUUGUUGAAUGCUGCUCUUUAUAUACAAUCCUGACACAUAAUAACUGAUUUUUAUACAUACACUCAGACAUAGGCACUUUUAGAAAAAUAUUUAGAUUGCAGUGUAUUAUGAAUGAUAAAAUUAAUAUGUACUUUAAAGUAUACAAAUAUUACCUUAAGAAGUAAAAAAAACUAUUUAUUCUGAUAAGUGAUACUAAAAUGUAUUUCUAGUCCCCAUUCCCCCCAAAAGAAAGAAGAAACACAGCUUUAGCUAUCAUAAGAGGUAAAUCCUGUCUUAGUAGUUCUGAAAAAUUACAGCAUUCUUCUAAUUUUUAAAGAGAACGUUGUUUCACUAUAGAAGUGUUAUCUCGGGAUUCUUAAAGAUUUUCUCAGGUGAUGUUAAGAAUUCUUAUGGAUUUUAUAGAAGAAACUGCAUAAAAUACAAUUAUAUACUCAAAUUAUUUGGAACUGAAGAUUUAAAAUAUAGCUUGUCUGACUGGGUUAGUUUGUGACAGACUAUCUCGUGUUU